GAAGAUCGAAAACACGCAAAAUUUAAAUGGGUCAUAGUCCAGGCGCGAUCUAGCACAAUCGCAAUAAGACUGAGCCGCAUAACAAACCUUCAGCACGCUGCGACAACAACACCACCGUUUUUACAGUUUGCAUGGAGUAAUAUACUCGCUAAACCGUUAUAUUCGUACAGCAUCAUGCCUGAACUGGAUCAUGUUUCUUCCGCGUUUCCUGUUGUUCCAUCUCCUCCAGAUCCGGAAGACACGGACAGCUGCGGUGGUACUUCUACGCAGCUGGCCGUGAAAGAUACCGAGAAUGCUGGGGAAACGGCAAGUCUUCCUUCUGGCGAGGAGCCGGAACCAGCAUUGCUUUUGGAAAAUACCACGGAAACGGUUUUGGCGGUGUUCGAAACCAUCGCCUGUCCUGUGCAGCCGGAAACUGUUGCCGGUGAAGUCACGAAAACGAGCUUAAUUAUUGUGGAAAAAUCUGCGACGGUCGCGGAACCGAUUUCUCCAGUCAGCCCGACGAAACCCAGCCGCGGCCUGUCGCGUUGCAGUUCGCAGGAUUCAAUCGCGCAUGCUGCGCGCUCACCAGCGCGGACACAGAGUCCAGCACGCUGCUUUCCGAAGGAGCACGCCGAUUACGUGAAAGCCGUGACAACAGACGAUGGAAAAAUUUACGUGUGCGCGCACUGUGGUUUUCAAUCGUCGAGCGAGGAAGACAUUUUUUCCAUGCACAUGCCGUUCCACACGAAACGCAGCAAGCAUUCUUGCCCAAAUUGCAGCUUCUCAUCGAACGACGCCGCUACCGUGGUGGCGCAUAUGGAUCAGCAUCGACAUCGCUUCAGUUUUGAUCUUUACCAACCGAAAGUGAUCUCGAAAACCGUGGAGAUCUAUCGCUGUCGCCAUUGCCCCUUUGAGACGGUAAUUCAGGAGGAUUAUUCCGACCAUAUUUUGCAGCACUGGGAUAAACCGCAGAAUCGCUUCCACUGUUCCCUGUGCUCCUUCUGCGGACCGGAUCAGCGCACGGUGGUGGAGCAUGAAGCGCUGCAUUAUCUGCAGCGACCACGGUAUUUGGACGGCGUCGUCAAGUACGUCCGCAAAUAUCAGGCCAGCCAGGAUAAAACGCCGUUUCUGCUGGAGAGCGAUGUGUGGAAACCCAAGAAUGUCCGAAAACAUCGCUCCAUGUCGGAGGCGCAGAAAGAGGGACUGCGACGGAUGCUCCGGGAUUAUUGAGGGUUUUGCGAAGUUUUCUUCCUUUCUGCGUGUAGUGUGCAUGUUGAUGUUCGGAACCGAUGACGGUUGGUGGUGUUGGUGGCACGUCAGUGAGUAGUAUUUCUUCUCCUGUGUUAUGCAGUUCAGUCGUUCAGGGUGGUUUCUCAGGUUGCAGCAUAAGUGUUUUGUGGGGUGAGAAGUCUGGUAUUUUGCUGUUAUACGAAAGGACUGUGGCUAGCGGUAGCAGCUAUGCAUAUAAGGUCUGUGAAUACUUAAUUUUUUGUACUUUGUCUGCACGUGCACCUUUGGUGAAUUUGUGUGCCCUGUGUAGAAUAAACGAAUAAUAUUG